AUGAUUUCCAUUUUGCAAUUAUACCAACCAAUCAGUACCAUUCAAUCCAUUUACCAAGUUAAUAACGGACCUAAUAGUGCUCCACCAUCUGUAGGUUCAUCCAAUCCUUUCGGUACUAGUUCUGGUAGCGAUAGAAACAGCCCACUCCCAGUAACAAAUAAUCAACCAAUCAGAACAAGAAUGACCAAGCAACAUUACCACGUCUUGCAAAGAUGUUUGACUUGUAUUUGGAGAUUGUGUAUGGAUCUUUCUACACCAUCUACCCAAUUCAAUAGUGUUGAAAAUCAAGCAGAAUGGGAGAUUGUUCAAAAACUUAGGAUUAUCAUUUUGUUUUAUAUAUUUUUCUUUAUGAAAACUGAGAGAUAA